AGGGCGAAGCGCGCCGAGCGCAUCGCUCGCCGCGGAGGAGGCGCGAUGGCCCCGCAGCGCCGGGCGCUGCCCCGCGGCCCCGAGAGCGCCGGGACCGGGCCGGGACCGGCGACGGGAACAGGGACGGGCCGCGGGGGCCGCCGGCACAGCAGCGCCAGGAAGGGCCGCUCCCGGCAGGAUCCGCGGGGAUGGCGGGCGAAGGCGGCGAUCCUGCUCCUCCUCUUCACCGCGGCCGGCGGCGGCCUCCUGCUCUGGAGCCGCCUGCUCGCCCAGGAUGGGAUCUCCGGGGAUGGGACCCUCCAGGAUGGGGUCACCGAGGUGCUGGCACAUCGCAGCGACAGCCUGCGGGACAAGUUCGUGGAGAUCCCCUGCUCGGAGGACUACGACAGCCACAGACGGUUUGAAGGGUGCACUCCUAGGAGGUGUGGAAGGGGUGUGAGCGAUGCCAUAAUCACAAGGGAAGAAGCUGAAAGAAUCCGUAGAAUAGCAGAGAGGGGACUGUCCUUGGGAGGAUCUGAUGGAGGGGCAUCAAUUUUGGACUUGCACUCCGGAGCUCUUUCCCUGGGGAAGCAUUUUGUUAAUUUGUACAGGUACUUUGGGGACAAAAUUCACGACAUCUUCACGGAAGAGGAUUUUGCAUUGUAUCGGGAUGUGAGACAGAGAAUUCAACAAAGGAUUGCUGAGGUGUUUGGGAUCAGCUCUUCCUCCAUGUACCUGACCAAGCCAACCUUCUUCUCCAGAAUGAACAGCACAGAGGCCAAGACAACCCAUGAUGAGUACUGGCACCCCCAUGUUGACAAGGUGACUUAUGGCUCUUUUGACUACACCUCUCUGCUCUACCUCUCUGACUACACCCAGGACUUCGGGGGAGGACGAUUUGUCUUCCUGGAUGCAGAUUCCAACAAGACAGUCGAGCCCCGAGCAGGCCGGGUUUCCUUUUUCACCUCUGGGUCAGAGAACCUUCACCGUGUGGAGAAGGUUCACUGGGGCACUCGCUUUGCCAUCACCAUCUCCUUCACCUGCAACCCGGAGCACGGCAUCGGGGACCCAGUCCUGGGCUGACUCCUCUGGGGAUGGAGCACGAGGGCAAAUGGAAGGAGAGAAGCCCUGCAAGAGGAGAGGAAAAAGGGAGAUAACAUCUCUUGUUUUACCCCACAUUCAAUCAGAAUUGCCCAACUGUAUCCAUGGAUUAUAAUACACUUUGUUUUCACGUGACCUUUUCCGUAAGGACCAUCUCAGAUUUGAUGCAUUCUGAAAAUGGUUUGUUCUGUCCCAAAGAGUUCUUGAGUGGGCUCUUCAUUCUUUUUUUUGAGUACUAUUUUUUUAAAAAUUCUUCAGUUUAAAAGAUACAAACCACCUUUUGGGCCAUGCCUUGAUAUGUCUCCCCAUGCUGCUGUUACCUGUUUAAUUCUUUAGCCUUUUCAGUUACUCAUGUGAUGCAGAAAGUUUAACCUAAGUUAAUUGAGCAAGGUGAGUGUUAUUUUGAACACACUUCCUGUUGAGAGGAAUGGAUUCUCCUGAGCAUGGGCAUUAAUGGGCAAUACACCUGGGGUUUGGCUACUGGGACUUACUUGAACUUCUGUUUUAACUGAACUACUACUAUCAGAGCCUGUGGGCUCUGAGGGAAACUGGUGUCCACCUGCAGUUGAAUUGUGUCCAAAGCAAUGUUUUGUCUGUUUCAGAAAGUCUCUCAGUAGCUAUUUUUGGACUUCUCUUUUCAGUUUAGUGUGAAGACUUUUUUUCUGUUGACUAGGACCACUGGUAUUCCCUGGAUAAUAAACUGCAGGGGCUUCAAAGAAGAGGAGCUGUGUGAUUUGCAGUGCAGAUAAAGGAACAAAGUGUAAUCUUGCCAACUACCUUGGUUUCUUCCUGUAGUCAAAGAUUUCUGUUGUGGGUCAGGGAAUUGAUAAAUAAACUGUAGGAAAACCUAAUUUUUUUCUCAGUCAAAUUCUGAAGCAAAUGUUGAUCUGUUAUAUUCCUAGGAUGUAUAAUUUCUAUGAAACACUGAAAAUCUGGGAAUGUGCUUUGAUUUUUAAUUUUUUUUUUUUAAAUUCUAUUCAUACAGUUUUGAUUCCUUAAUCUACCUUUUUAUGGAAAUAGUAAGUACUGGGGGCAUUACCCUGCAGAUCAGUAUAAAGGGGAAUGGUGACAGGACACCUGGCCUUGUGAGUGCUCUCACUGGGCACACCAGCAAGGUUAGGCCUCUGUCAUUUGAUUUCUUUGUUCUCAAACCUGAAAAAGGCUUCCUUGUCUGUGCUAACAAGGAAGGAUUGUUAAAAAUGCUGGAUGCAAGGAAACAAUAAAGUCAAUUGCGUUUCCUAUUGAAA